AAAGGGCUGAAGUUAAAACAGGAACUCGGAGCAGACACUGGCCCAAAGCUGUUGCUGGAAGCAGGUGCCUGAGCAAAAAGCAGCGAGUUUGCCAGCAGGAACUGGUGAGCCUUUAAAGAUGUGGAAAGCAGCUGUGGGACACGACGUGUCAGUGAAAGUGGAGGCUCAGGGAGACGACUGGGACACAGACCCUGAUUUCGUGAACGACAUCAGCGAGCGGGAGCAGCGCUGGGGAGCCAAAUCCAUCCAGGGCUCCGGCCGCGCCGAGCACAUCGACAUCCAUCAGCUGAGGAACAAGGUAUCAGAGGAACAUGAGGUCAUCAAGAAGAAGGAGCUGGAAACCGGCCCCAAGGCAUCCUAUGGCUACGGGGGCAAAUUUGGAACAGAGCGAGACCGGAUGGAUAAGUGUGCAGUAGGACACGAAUACAUUGCUGAUGUCAAGAAGCACUCCUCCCAGACAGAUGCAGCCCAGGGCUUUGGUGGCAAGUUUGGAGUCCAGCGGGACCGAGCCGACAAGUCUGCACUGGGCUUUGAAUACAAGGGCGAGGUGGAGAAACACUCGUCCCAGAAAGAUUACUCCAAGGGCUUUGGUGGCCGUUACGGAGUGGAAAGGGAUAAGGUGGACAAAGCAGCUCUGGGAUUUGACUACAAGAGCCAGGCAGAGAAGCACGAGUCUCAGAAAGACUAUUCCGUGGGCUUUGGUGGGAAGUUUGGGGUCCAGAGGGACCGUCAAGACAAGAACGCCCUCGGCUGGGACCAUCAGGAAGAAGUGCAACCCCACGCAUCCCAGAGAGACUAUGCCAAGGGGUUUGGAGGCCGUUAUGGUGUCCAGAAGGAUAGAGUGGAUAAGAGUGCUGCUGGCUUUGAUGAGAUGGCAGCUCCCACCUCCUCCUAUGAGAAAACAAGACCCCUGGAGGCAGGAGCUUCCAGUGGCACCAGCAGCCUGCGGUCACGGUUUGAACACAUGGCCAAGUCAGCAGAGGAAGAGAGCAGAAGGCAGGCCCGGCAGCAGCAGGAAAUCCCUCCAAGAGAGAAGGAGCACACUGGGGCAGCCCCUCCAGCCGUGCCAGCCAGGAGCACUGCUGGGGACCAGCCCGUGCCACCAGGAGAACAGGAGGCCAAAAGGGAGGAUGAAGAAGUACCACCCUCUUUGCCACCAAGGCCAGCAGAUCUGGAUGCAGACCAGUGCAAGGUCCCCAGCCAGGGUCAGCCCACCUACAGUAUAAGUCUGGAUGUUGAUGGAGGCUAUGAGGAGCUGCCAGAAUCCUCUGACUACUGUGACAUUACCAGUGGAGGUGCUGACUAUGAGGAGCUGCCAGCCCCGCUGGGAAAGCUGGAUGCUGCCUAUGACUUUGGAGGAGAUGGAGGUGAAGACUAUGAGGUGAUCCUUCCUCAGGAGCCCAGACAGAGCCAGCCCCACCUGGGGAGCAUGGACAGUGCUUACGAGGGGCAGAGCCCCGGGCUCUGUGCAGUGGCUCUCUACGAUUACCAAGGAGAUGGAGAUGAUGAGAUUUCUUUUGAUCCUGAUGACACAAUCACACACAUUGAGAUGGUGGAUGAAGGCUGGUGGCAGGGACAGUGCCAUGGCAGAGUCGGCCUCUUCCCAGCAAAUUAUGUGAAGCUUCUGCAAUGAAGUGCAAGCUGCUUCCUUACAAACUUUUGCCUCUAUUGUGAUUUGACACUGGCCAAAUGCCAGGCACCCACAAAAGUCACUCACUCACCCUCCCCUGCCACAGCUGGGCAGAGGAGGGAAAAAUUUAAUGAAGGCUUUGUGAACUAAGGGCCAGGAGAAAACACUCCAAGGCCAAAACAGGCUUGACUUAGAGGUACAAAAUGAAUUUAUUCCUAACAGAGUCAGAGGAGGAUAAUGAGAAAUAAAAUAAGCCAUUUUUUCCCCCUAACCCCUCUCCCCUUCCCACCAACAGUGCAGGGAGACAGGGCAUGGGGGGUUUUGGUCAGUUUAUCACUAAAAUUUUCUUCCACUGCUGUGGGAGAGGAGUCCUUCCUCUGUGAGACCAUGGGGUCCCUCCCAUGGGAGACAGUUCUCCAUGAACUUCUCUGAUGCUGCUCUCAUGAGCAGCAGUCCUUCCAAAACUGCCGUGGCACAGGUCUCUCUUCCACAGGGUGCAGUCCUCCAAGGACAAGCGGCUCCAGCCUGGAAGCAGGGUCCUCUCUCUCCACUGGCUCUUCCACAAGCAUCCACCUGCUCCAGCGUGGGCACCUCUGCCAUGGGCUGUGGGUGGAUCUGCAUCCCUGUGGAUCCCCAGGGGCUGUGGGUGGAUCUCUGCAUUCCCCAUGGAUCCCCAUGGGCUGUGGGUGGAUCUCUGCAUCCCUGUGGAUCCCCACAGGCUGUGGGGGCACAGCUGCUUCACCAUGGUCAUCACCAUGGCCUGCAGACAAAUCUCAGCUUGGGCACCUGGAGCACCUCCUGCCCCUCCUUCCCCACUGGCCUUGGUGUCUCCGUGUUGUUUCCCUCACGUUUUCACCUCCUCCUCUUCUCUAGCUGGAAUUAAAAUUGCUCCUCACUUUGUUUUGACUUCGGUGUGUAAUCUGAUAUCAGAGGUGUUACCAUCACCUCUAACUGGCCCAGCCUUGGCCAGCAGCACGUUCCAUCUUCAGAGCCAUCAGGGAUUGGUUCUGCUGGACAUGGUGGAAGCUUCCAGCAGCUUCUCACAGGUGCCACCUCUGGGGCCCACCUUGCUACCAUAUCCAGGCUGUGCAAAAGCAACACAUUCCAUCUCUUGCCUCUGUGAAUAAUGCAUUUAAGAAGAAAAUCAAAACAAAGUGGGCACAGUUUUGGUUUUUUCCUAGUCAGGGAAGAGGUGGAGGUGAGAACAUGUGAGGGAAACAACACAGAGACGCCAAGGUCAGUGGAGAAGGAGGGGCGGGAAGUGCUCAGCGCCGGAGCCAAGAUUCCUCUGCAGGCCAUGGUGAAGACCAUGGUGUGAAGUGUUUUCUCAGUCCUUAUCUCAACUCAUGAACCCUUCAUUUAAUUUUUUUUCCCUCCUCUGCCCAGCUGUGGCAGGGGAGGGUUGGUGAGUGACUUCUGUGGGUGCUUGGCAUUUGGCCAGUGUCAAAUCAUGGCAGCCUCUCUCUGCUUCAGCCUUUCCCAUGUUAUCAGCUUCAUUUGGCUCAGCUUGGUGUAUCUACACAGCAAGGAACAAACUGCCAAUGCCAGGGGGAAUGUUUUGUCUUAUGCCCAAGAAGAUUUUGAUUCCCCUCCACUUCCAGGUGGGAAAGGUGGGGUGGUUUAAGAGCAUAUGAGUGCAAUAUAAGGUCUCUUCUAUCUGCCCCACCUGUCAGCCAGCAGGUCUGCAGGAUUGUGUCCUGUUCCCAGUGGGGCAAUUCCCAGAGCAGAAAUACCAAAUCUAGUCCAGGCAAAGCAGAAGGGGCAUGAGCCCUGGGACUUUGGGCAGUUGCUGUGGCCCUGGAUCUCAUCCUAGUCAGGGGGCAGGGAAAAGAGCACUUGGAAAGCCAAGUUGUGUUUAUUCCAAGGAAGGGUUUCCAUUUUUAGGAAACAUUUUUAUGUUUGCAACAUGGACCAGAAAAACAUGAACAUGGUCUGUGUGCCCCUUUUGGGCACAGGUGUGUCUGUCCCUUGGGGCUGUGCCCUCCCUCACAGCUUCUGCUCUGGCCUGGCUCAAAUUGUGUCCCGAUGGUUCUGUGACAGCUCCUAUCCCCUGUGCCUGCUGGAGACUCCUGAAAAAGCCCCCUGACUUUUCAUCACAGAUGUGGGGAAAAGGCUGGGCAAGUGGGAGGAAAGACAGGAGGAAACAUUUUAUUGCUAAUGUUUAAAACAGUUUUCAGAAAUGCAAAGUAAAGCACUCCC